UCUUUAUAAAUAAAGUUUUAUUUACUGUUUGUUUGCAACCCAUAUUUGUUCAAUCAUCAUUUGAUCCUAGUUUCACUGUGAAAGUAGGAACUUCAAACACAUAACACAUUGUUCUGUGAAUUAGAUUUGAAAGGGACCAACGAAAUGUGGGCUAACUUGGAUGCUUGUGGGCAAAAACAGAAAGUUGCUGAUAUGGCCUCAGCUUAGAUACACCUGUUUAUCAAGUUCAAAGCUCACAACUCCUUUGUUUUUAGAUUAGCCAUGUCAGUAAUUCAUUAUUGGGCCUUCAAUAAAUAAUAUCUCCUUCAGAGUAAGUAACAUCACAUCCUGAUACUGGAGUUGGACAUCAACCCUCUGCAAUCACGGUAGAGUCAGCGUGAUAGCUAAUAAAGGUGGACAGCCGACCAUGAACAAUACGAAAGGAAAAAAAAUGGUUAUGAGCCAGAUUAGAUUGUUUAGAAGAAGUAUUGUCAAUAGCAAAGAUCUAAUACAACUGACAUCUGUGCGAACAUUCGCUGCCGGAGGCAAAUCAAAGAAGGGAUCUAAAGGGGGUGCAGCUGCCGAUGCUCCUAAAGCAUCAACUUUAAGUAAAGAGGUGAAGUCUACUACCGUAGUUGGUGCCAAUAUUCUCAAGGAAGGUGCAGAUCCAAAAAUUAUGGCAGACUCAGAGUACCCUGUUUGGCUGUGGCAUUUGCUUGAUAAACAUCCACCUCUAAGUGAAUUACGAAGGAAGAAUGUCGAAACCCUUCCCUACGUGGAUCUCAAACGCUUCGUUAAAUUGGAUACUCGAGCAAAGAUCAAGGAAAACAACUCUACUAAGGCCAAGAAUUGAUGUAACAGUCUAGUAGGGGCAGGCUUUCUUAUUGUUUCUUUUGUGAAUGUAAUGCAACUCUCAGACUCUGGAAUGAUCAUCAAUAACUAGUAAGUCUCAUCUGUUGAUUUGUCUUGCUAUCACAUUUUCUUCA